AUGGAACCACCCUCAUCGAACGCGUUUGCUAAGCUGAUACCAUCGAACACGGCUGCGAAACUAGCUUUCCAUGCGAUGUACGAAGAUGCGUCUCAGCCAGACAAGAAGAACAUGUUUGCAUAUCCAGAGCAACAGUAUGACAAGGGCGCGCUCUUAUACCGGCUCCAGGAGGAUAAGGCCCAUGAAGAGACCGAUAAUAGUGAUAGUCUAACGGACCCAGACACGGAUACCGAGAAGACCAUGAAACAACGUGGGAUGAUCUGGGUCGGAUGGCUUACGCUGCACCUGCAUCCCAAGCCUAACAAACCCACAAGGGGGUGGACUAUAGGCAAGGGAGGCCGAAGGGGUGUCGAUAUUGACUAUUUACUUCCUCGGUAUUUAGCCAACAUCCGAGCAUAUCAUGCACGGUUUAAUUUUCAUGGGAAGACUGGCUACCUCUUUAUUUCGAAGACUUCUAAUGCCAUAUCUGCUGAGCUCUCUGUCAAUGGAAAAGACGUGAAUGGCGGCGAGCAGUUUUCACUAAACCAGAGCCCAAUGCAUGUCCGUGUUGGCGACUUGGGAUUCGAAUUCCAAUACACCGACUACGCAUCCACGGAUAGUUUUUACAGAGACCGGCAGGUCUAUAUGGAAGUCAGCCUAGGUAUAACGCCUACACCUACUAGUAGUAAAAGUUUGCGUUGCUUCGGUGAGUGGACUAUUUCGAAUAAUCUUGGGAAAGGUGCGUACGGUAAGGUCUCUUCUGCGACAAAUUAUAAAGGCGAAGUGGUUGCUAUCAAAGUUAUGGAGUAUAGUAAAAGGACUGCUUAUCAGGUUAAUUAUGAGAUUGAUGUUCUCACCGAGCUUCACAAACUGGCUGAAGUGAAAGAGGGUGAUAAAGAGCGGCUUAUACGCUUAAAAGACACACUUUACCAGAAUAGAGACGCGGUCUAUAGCCCUACAGGUUUUGAAGAGAUUGCGCUCAUCCUCGAACCUGCGGCUUCUGCAACAUUUGCUCAUAUUACUAGCCCUACCUACAAGUUAAACUAUGAUAUACCAGUUAUUGCAAGUCUCUUUCAUGAUGCGUUGCUUGGCCUUAAUUUCUUGCACACCCACAAUUGGAUCCAUGGGGAUCUUAAGCCAGGCAAUAUUGGCAUCCUUAAUAAUGGCACUCGCGCCAUUCUCCUCGAUUUUGGAGAAGCCGUUAGACUGGAACCAGGGGAACGACUACCUACAAGACCUGGCCGGGGCGGAACUGUGAACUACCUUGCCCCAGAGCGUGAGCUCCAGGACUACGACCGUUUAAUCGACGUGUGGUCCAUGGGAGUCAUCGGAUUUGAGAUUCUACACGGCCAUCACCCGUGGAAGCUUGCCCUUAAUCCAUGGCGAUCUGGGAGCCGGUUCGAGACUCUAAGGCCUAUCUUCAACGAAGCUUACCGCAAAGCUAUAUAUAAAAUAGAAAGCCACACCAAUAUAGGAUUCCCAGUAGCUAAUAUGUACUAG